UUUUUCGAUUCAACACGUUUCGUUUUCUAAAAAAUGUUCUAAAAACGUUUCGGUCAACAUAACUAGGCCACGCACAAGAACGCAUCUACAUACCGAAUACAUUUAAUAAGUGGAGGUAACAAAAGUUUUGACUAACUCCACACAAAAAUAUAUAUACUUCCGAGAAUCUAACUGAGAGUUUGCGAAGCAAUCAUGAAUAUGGCGGCGCAGGCAUUCGAGCCGAGGUCUUUUAAUUCGGAGAAGUUCAUGGAACUGCAUCUGAAUGGUUCUGCUACUUCCCUUGAGGAGCCACAGAAUAACGAAAAUAUACUCAACAAAACCGAGUCUAUCUACGAUAUAGAGUACAAGCAUCCGUUAGAGCAUGUCUGGACGCUAUGGUAUCUGGAAAAUGAUCGCACUAAGCAUUGGAAGGAUAUGUUGAAUGAGAUAACUCAAAUCGAUAGUGUGGAAACAUUUUGGAGCUUGUACUAUACGAUCAAGACCCCGUCGGAACUCAAGAUAGGUUGUGAUUAUUCCAUGUUCAAACAAGGCAUUAAGCCCAUGUGGGAGGAUGAUGCCAACAUCAAGGGCGGUCGUUGGCUCAUAACUGUCAAGAACUCCAAAGUAGUGUUGGAUCGCCUCUGGUUGGACAUUUUGCUGAUGAUGGUUGGCGAAACUUUUGAACAUGCCUCCGGAAUAUGCGGCGCUGUGGUCAACAUACGCGCUAAAAGUAACAAGAUUUCCGUUUGGACAGCCGACGGCAGCAAUGAAAAUGAAAUUUUAGAAAUUGGCCAUAAACUUAAAAUGCUGUUGCAUUUGCAAUCCCAUAAUUUGCAAUAUCAACUGCACUCUGAUGCCAUGGCCAAGGUUAAUUCAAGCGUCAAGUCGGUAUACACCCUCUAAUAUAUAUACUAUAUAUAAGGACGGUGAUGAUCAGAUUAUAGAAGCUGAGUAGGUUUGAGUAAAAAGUAUUAACGACGAUAUUUUUCAUGAUAUCUGUGGUAUUGGUAUGUAUAGAGCGUUGUAAGGCUUGUGAAAAAGCAAAAAAGUUAACAAAUUUUUAUUAUAAAAUAAGUCAAGAAAUGUACAACAAAUUAAUGUAAAUUAAAGGAAAUCAAAAUUCAA